GCAACAAAUUGGUAUCAUGGAGUUUUGAAGAAGAGCUCAGAAGAUUUCUUCGGCAUCGUAUAGCACAUUCUGCAAUGUCUUUACAUAAUUCAUCUCAAAAAUCCGUGGCUAGGCGGAAUGGCAAGCUCCAAGCAUGUGAGCCAUGCCGGACUCGGAAGAUACGUUGUGACCAUGGCAGCCCAAGUUGUGGACGCUGUGUAAAGAGGAGGCAGGAAGCACAAUGCUAUUACCAUCCAGCGCCGCUCACAAAGACAAGUGACAAACCAGACCCAUCUUUUACGCCUCAAGCUCCUGGGCGUCAUACAUUGACUUCAUCUCCACCAGCCGCAGGAUCUAUUCCACCAUCUCCUGCCCCUCGAACCUCUUGGAGGCAUGCAUCUACUUUAACUCCAUCAACAACGUCGACACCAGCAGCACCAACAACUAGUACUGUCGGCGAAAGGAGGGCAUCUGUUGAAGAGUUUGGGUAUCUUGGUUCCACAAGCUUUUCAGGGAUCAUCAAGGCGAGCAAACAUGCGUCCGACGAUGUUUGGCUUGGUCCUCUCGCCCAAGUCAAACGCACGCUGCGUACUCCCGCUCACUGGCAUCUCAGCUCCGAUCGUGUAACCACUGGGGCUCGUGUACUUGGUCUGCUUCCUGAUUAUGUCGCAUUGGAGAAGAUUUUAGAAAUGCAUUAUGCAGCUAGCCAAACUGUUCUGGCACCAUGGAUCUCAAUCAGCAGAGCCACGGACGCAAUCAUCAAAACUUUGAGAGACGAGUACCCCACAGAUUCCCAACGACUUCUUCUUGCGGAGAAGAUUUUUGCAAAGACGGGAGAGCCUUUGGAGAUAGACGAGCACACAACAGUUGAAACACUCCAUGAAUCUUUUACUGGAGCCAAUCUUCGUUGGGAGAUUCUCGGGAUCCUUUUCACUUAUCUCGCUCUGGGCCUGAAAUCAACAAAAUUGAACACUAGUCAGAGCUUAAUAGAGAGACAGGAGCUUGUUGGUGACCUUGUCCAUGCAAGUAAUGUAUGUGUAUCGUUUUGCGAUCGAGCAGAAUCGCAGAACGAUCUUCUCGUGUGGCUGCUAUACGGAAGCACUUGCCUGGUCACUAUACAUUAUGGUGAUACGAGCUACCUGGGGUGGAGAAGAUGCAGCGAGCUUGCAUCGACGAUAUUGGCAAUGGGGCUUCAUCGUGAUCCAAGUAAUAACCCAAACCUUCCAUUAUUUAUGGUAGAGCUACGGAGACGUGCAUUCGCAAUUGCAUACUCUGUUGACAAGAAUAUUUCCACAUUCUUUGGACGCCCACCUCAGCUUGCAAUGCGCUACUGCACUUGCCGGCCACCAUACGAUUUGACUGAUGAUGAGAUUGUUGCUUCUACUCCAGUUAUGGUCCUUGCAAUUUCGCGACUUGAUCCCGCAGGAUGGAAUACGCAUGGUAUUAUUCACAGGCAGACUUGGGCACGUAUCAAGAUGGCACUUAAUACUAUCCUAGAAGAAGUCUUGGAUCUGUCGCUGGCUACACCACCCCCUGCCCCUGAUCUGGAGCAAAGUCAGAAAGCACAAACUAUCCUUGAUAAAGCUGAAGCAACUUGGGAAAGCAUCCCAAGUUUUGCUAAGUACGACGAUAAUUGUUGGGACUCUGGUCUUGCCGCAAAUGACUGCUUCUCGCAUUUAUAUUGUUUGCUUCACUUCACGUACUCAAAGUUCCUCCUAUAUCGAAUACAAGCUCGACACGGAGGGUGUUCUUGGAGCGCUGUGCAUCUGACUGCUUCGAAGCUGCUCUCUAGAAUCUUAAUUUUCUCGAAGCACCGAGAUCGUAUUAGUGGGCCAGCGAAUGACGCUGCUUGGGAGUUCGUCUUCUACGGUUUGCCUAGUGCCGCUCUUCUUGCUAUUGAGCUUCUUCGACAACAACAACAGAAUCUUUCCCCUUCUGCUGAUAUACCUCGGUCGGAAACAAUACGUAACAUCUCAGUUUUCAUUUCCUCCUUGGAAUGGGUUGCAAAACCCGGCGACGGUAAUUACGACAUUUGUCGAGGAGCUAAAUUAAUGUUGGAGAAGAUUCUAGACGCUAUUCUAGAUCCCCAGCCUGUUGCCUCGACAGUAGAGAGUCAACAAGCACCUUUAGACCCAUUGAGUUGGAUGGAUGAUGUAUUCAGCGGUGGCUGGAUCACGUCUUGGCCGCCUACAUAUGGUAGUGGUAUCGAACAUGAGUUGAUGAAUAGCACCAGCCAAGAUUGGCUUGUUCAAUUCUGA